AUGUUGUUGGAGUCUUAUUUCUGUGCAUUGGUAGUGGCUCUAUCUAUCCCUAUCUUGGUCGUACUUUUGCGAAUACUACAAGUUUCACCGUUUACACAAUUGCCCAAGCACCUCAAGGAGAGGAAAUCUAUUCAACUGCUUAACAACAAGCAUGUGUCAAUUUUCUUGGGUUCUGGUGGCCACACAGGAGAGAUGAUGAGACUUUUAUCCAGGAUGAAUUUGGCCAGUUUUGAUAGGACUUGGAUCUACUCCUCAGGAGACACCGCAUCGCAGUGUCGUGCUCAUAGCGAUGAAGAAGAGCGAUACGGCAACCGUCGUGGCCACUAUAUACAAAUCCCUAGAGCAAGAAAUGUGGGUCAAUCUUAUAUCUCCUCAAUUGCAACAACGCUAUUUUCAAUGGCUGUGUCGGCUAUUAAGCUAGUACGACACAAUCCCGAUGUGAUUCUUUUCAACGGACCCGGUACGUGCAUACCAAUUGCCUACAUGUUAUUCGUAUUUAAAUUGGUGGGUCUCAACCGUACGAAAAUCAUCUACAUCGAGAGUCUAGCUAGAGUAAAAACAUUGAGCCUCAGUGGGAGACUAAUAAUGCCGAUAACAGACAGGUGCAUCGUGCAGUGGGAUGCAUUAUACAAUCAAUAUAGUCGUGCUGAAUUCUACGGCAUGUUGAUGUGA